AUGGAUAUUCACUGCAAAGCAGAUCCAUUCUCCGCCAUGCACCUGUGUAAUGUUAACCCGUGUGUGUGUAUGUGUUCAGGGCAUGGUGGGGUAAAUCAGCUGGGUGGGGUGUUUGUAAACGGCAGGCCGUUACCGGACGUAGUGCGUCAGAGAAUCGUGGAACUCGCGCACCAAGGUGUGAGACCCUGUGAUAUAUCCCGCCAACUGAGAGUCAGCCAUGGCUGCGUCAGCAAGAUCCUGGGCAGGUACUAUGAAACAGGCAGCAUUAAGCCAGGGGUGAUCGGGGGCUCCAAACCGAAGGUGGCCACUCCGAAGGUGGUGGAUAAAAUAGCGGACUAUAAGAGACACAACCCCACCAUGUUCGCGUGGGAGAUCCGGGACCGGCUGCUGGCAGAGGGCGUCUGCGAUAACGACACCGUGCCCAGCGUUUCCUCCAUUAACAGGAUUAUUCGGACAAAAGUUCAACAACAGUACCACCCGUCUCCUGAUGGUACAUCUCUAUCAACACCAGGACACACUAUAGUAACUAGCACAGCAUCUCCCCCAGUAUCAAGUGUAUCCAGUGAUCCUGUGGGCUCUUAUUCAAUCAACGGCAUACUGGGCAUCCCUCGCUCCAAUGCAGAGAAGAGGAAAAGAGAUGACGAUGGAUCAGAGGGUUCAGGGCAAAACAGUGACUCGCAGGGCAGUGUGGAGACCUUGAGGAAACACCUACGCGCUGAUGCCUUUACCCAACAACAGCUAGAGGCCUUGGACCGAGUGUUCGAGCGGCCAGCCUACCCUGACGUCUUCACCAGCACAGAACACAUUAAACCAGAACAGGCUAGCGAGUAUGCUCUUCCUGCAUUGAAUUCGGGACAUGAUGAGGUGAAACGCAGCCUGUCCACCAGUAGCUCCUCAGAUCUGGGUGCCAGCGUGUCUCAAGGCUACCCUGUAGUAAGUGGCAGAAAUAUGGCAAACACAACCCUACCUGGGUAUCCACCUCACGUCCCCCCUACAGGACAGGGCAGCUACCCAACAUCCACAUUGGCUGGAAUGGUUCCUGGGAACGAAUUUUCAGGGAAUCCCUACAGCCACCCGCAGUACACAGCAUACAACGAGGCAUGGCGCUUCAGCAACCCAGCACUACUGAGUUCCCCUUAUUAUUAUAGUGCAUCCCGAGCCUCUGCCACCCCAUCUGCUGCCGCUGCUUACGACCGCCACUAGAUACCACACAAAUGAAACUCAUCUUGGACUUCAUGCUGUGCCAGUGUGAAUGGCACAGUACAGCUAAAUGGACAGAGACCAUCUUAAACAUGAACGUCACAUGAUUAUGACAAGACCAGUUGGGACAAAUGGCUCAUGCACAUUCAGAAUCAAGCAGGCCAACUGGGACAAUGUUUGUACACACCCAAAAGACUUGAAUAAUUAACUUAAUAAAAAUUAAUAUAAAAGUG